AUGGCAUCACGCACGCUCGCCCGCUCUCUGCUGAGCCCGCACGCCGCACGGCACCAGUCGACAGCAGCAACACCACCAGCACCAGCACCAGCCGACAGCAGCAGCCCUUCCUCGUCGUCGCCGUACCGCGUCGUCGCCGCCGCGCUCCUCUCCCGCCCGCCCCUCGUCCUCCCCGCCCUGUCGCCCCUCGAGCGCUCGUACUACGCCUACCAGCGCAAGAUCCACCGCGCCCUGUCGAAACCCACCUCGUCGGCCACGUCGUGGUUCUUCAAAAAGGGCUCGGCCGCCGAAAAGGCCUUUGGCGCGUUCGACCGCCGCGUCGACAACGAGGACAACGGGCGCGACGAGCGCGCCGACGCGCGCGCGUUCGAGAUGGCCGGUGAGGAGGUCGAGGGCGCGCCCGAGGUCAUGGGCUGCGAGACCGAGGCGGACCGCAAGGGCGACCUGAGGAGCUUGGAGCGCAGGGCCGACCGCACCUUGUACCUCUUGCUCAAGAAGAAGCGCGACCAGCACGCGUGGCAGUUCCCCCAAGGCGCCGUCGACGGCACCGAGUCGCUCGUCGACGCCGCGCACCGCGAGCUCGUCGAGGAGACGGGGCCCAACGUCGACGCGUGGCCCGUCGGUCGCGUGCCCGCCUCGGCCCUCGAGUACCCGUUCCCGCCCGAGCACCGCAAAAAGUUCCCGCAGCACGAGGCCGCGAGGGUCUUCUUCAUGCCGAUGCGCAUCGUGCGCGGUCAGCCGGUCCCGAACGCCAAGGAGGGCAUCGUCGACUUUGCGUGGCUCACCAAGGAGGAGGUCAAGGACAAGGUGUCGACCGAGUACUGGGACGCCGUCGCGCCGGCGCUGUCGGACAAGUAGAGCCGGCGCGCCACGUUUCUUGAGGGCGCGCGAGCGCGAGGGGCGGGCAACACUGAGCGUCGAGCACG